CCUCAGUAACAAUCUGACCACCAUGUCCCCACCCCAUCCCGGCUUCCCCAUCGAGAACCCAAUAACCUCAUAUUGGCUCAAAACCCCCCAUCCCCUCGCAUCCUACCGCUCGUCACCCACCGUCCCGAACCACUGCGACAUCGCCAUCAUUGGGACCGGCUUGGCUGGCGUAGCCACCGCGUAUCAUAUCCUGUCCGGUCCACACGCUGAGGGAGUCAAGCCAAGCGUUGUGCUUCUCGAGGCACGUCAGGUUUGUUCCGGUGCGACCGGGCGCAAUGGCGGGCAUACCAAACUGGCAAUAACCAUUGCCAAAGAACUCUACGAUAGUUAUGACGAGGAAGCUGCAGCGCAGGUGACGUAUCACCAGCUGGAACAACUCUCUGCUUUGAAGGAGGUAGUUGAGAAAGAGGGGAUCGAGUGCGAGUUGAAGGUGACUCGAUCGUUUGAUGUGUUCUUUGAUGGGAACCAUGCAAGGGAUAUACGUGAGUUCCUGUAUGUGAAGAAAUCAGAAGGUGUCGCGUGGGCGAGGGAGGUGGAGUGGAUUGAGGAGGCGGAUGUGGAGAGGAUUACCGGUGUGGUGAAUGGUAAAGGCGCUGUUGGUGUCCCUGCGGUUUCGUUGUGGCCGUAUAAGCUCGUUACUGCUCUACUCUCCCGAGUAUUGGAACUGGGUGGUCAGCUUUACACGGAGACUCUUGUCACCAACAUGGAGGGAUCCAGCCCAACCACGUUACUCACAUCCCGAGGCACAUUAAUCGCCAAAAAGACCAUCUUCGCAACCAACGCCUACACCGGUGCUCUACUCCCCCAAUACAAAGGAUUCAUCACUCCCGUCAAAGGACAAAACUCACAUCUAGCUCCGUUACCAUCUUUCAGGCCCCCAAUCCCUCUUAAAAACACCUACAAUCUACGGUUCAGCACAGAAUACGCAGACUAUCUCGUCCCACAACCAAACGGAACCAUCAUUCUCGGUGGCGCCAAAUGGACAUAUGAUACCGAUCAAGCCAGCUGGUGGAACACCGUCGAUGACAGAACGGUCAUUAACAACGGUGCUACCGCGCAUUUUGAUUCGGUCAUGGCGAGACACUUUCACGGGUGGGAGGAUGCGAAUGCGAAUCAUGAUAUGGUUUGGAGUGGGAUCAUGGGCUAUACGCCGGAUACAUUGCCCCAUGUGGGCCGGGUGCCGGGUUCACAGUGCCAGUGGAUUCUGGCGGGCUUCAAUGGUGCUGGAAUGGUGAUGAUCUUCACAAUGACUCGGGCCAUUGCUAGCAUGGUUGUAAAGGGGUUGGAGUAUGAAGAGACGGGCCUGCCAGGGCUAUUCAAGUCGACGUCUGAACGGUUGGCUGUGAGACAGUGAUGUAUGAGGCAGUGAGUAUUCCAAAGUAAUCUCUUUUGAUGUGAUCGCAUGCAACAGACAAGUCAGCGACAUUGAGUAGAUAGA